UUCAUUCCCCAAAUAUUUAGACUUGCCUCCUCAGUAGUAUCCAUACAUUCUAAAUGUAUUUUUGUCUACUUUCAACAAAAGUGAUUGUACUUUAUAAACCCUGUAAUUUUAUUCUUCAACUAUGAUCAUAAGAGUAGUAUUUGCAGCAAUAAUUGUGUUCUCAUCAAUUCUACUCUCAGACGAAACAACCGUGCCUUAUCUAACUGAUUGCAGUAAGCUGAGACUCGGUCAAUACAUCUGUCCUCAUCCAGAUUAUGAAUUCAUUGAUCCAAAAACACAGCAACCAAAAGGUUGUACAAAAGAAAACAAGGCAAAAGUUUAUUGUAAAGCGGCAGAUGGCAUCAUUUGUACCAAAUCAAACAAUUCAACAUUUCAAAAGGAUAUUCCAUGCAAAUGGACGAACGGUUACUCGUUCGAAACGGCCCUGCUACUAUCCAUCUUCCUGGGCAUGUUCGGCGCGGACAGGUUCUACCUGGGCUACCCGGCCAUCGGCCUCCUCAAGUUCUGCACGCUGGGUUUCAUGUUUUUGGGCCAGCUAGUAGACGUCAUCCUCAUCGCCACGCAGGUUGUGGGUCCGGCUGAUGGAUCCAACUACGUCAUCCCUUACUACGGAGCUGGCAUCCAAAUGAUCACUAGCAACAAUUGUACCUACAGACUUACCCAGGAUGAAUAUCUGCUGCAUUGAGUAACGGUGAUUUCUGCUGCAUUGAGUAACGGUGAUUUCUGCUGCAUUGAGUAACGGUGAUUUCUGCUGCAUUGAGUAACGGUGAUUUCUGCUGCAUUGAGUAACUGUGAUUUCUGCUGCAUUGAGUAACGGUGAUUUCUGCUGAAUUGAGUAACGGAGAUUUCUGCUGCAUUGAGUAACAGUGAUUUCUCCUGCAUUGAGUAACUGUGAUUUCUGAUGCAUUGAGUAACGGUGAUUUCUGCUGCAUUGAGUAACUGUGAUUUCUGAUGCAGUGAUUAACGGUGAUUUCUGCUGCAUUGAGUAACUGUGAUUUCUGAUGCAUUGAGUAACGGUGAUUUCUGCUGCAUUGAGUAACGGUGAUUUCUGCUGAAUUGAAUAACGGUGAUGGUUUCAACUGGUCAAACCUGGAUUCCCUCAUGUCAAGGAACGUGCCCGGUAUAGUGAAUUCGUAUGGUUUCAAUUCAACAUCGUAUAGCAAACAUCAAUGAUCAAAAAAUGUGUCAUUAGGACUCAUGGAAUAGUUAUUUGUGCAACUAGAGCGCAAAGUGACAGUUUGCUGCACCGAAAGAAACGUUUACGCCCAAGCCGUAGGCGAGGGCGGAAUGGUUUCUUGAGUGCAGCAGAGGAACUUUGCGC